AUGCUGCCAACGCCCGACACAUCACACGUCCCCUAUGAACGGGUCUACGAGCCCGCAGAAGAUUCCUUCCUUCUGCUAGACACCCUCUCGUCCGACUCAGAGCGCGCCUUCCUGCGGGACGAGUUCUCGCACACGACGCCCCUAGUCGUCGAGCUCGGCACCGGCUCGGGCGUCGUCCUCGCCUUCGUGCACGCCCACGCCGAGACGCUCUUCGGCACCCGCCGCGUGCUCACCGCCGGCGUCGACAUGAACGCCUACGCGUGCCGCGCGACGGUCGCGACGGCCCGCAGGGCGCAGGCCGACAACCCGGCCACCCACGGCGUCUACCUGGGCUCCUGCAUGGGGGACCUCGCGGCGCCGUGGCGCGACGGGUGCGUCGACGUGCUCGUCUUUAACCCGCCGUACGUGCCGACGCCGGAGAUGCCUGCGCGUCCGGAGGACUGGGCGGAUGCGGUGCCGGCGCCCGGGCAGACGCCCUCGUUUGACGACGAUUCGUACCUGCUGUCGCUGUCGUACGCGGGCGGGAUGGACGGCAUGGAGACGACGGACCGGCUGAUUGAGCGCUUGCCGCAGAUACUCUCCCCGAGAGGCUGUGCGUACAUUCUUCUCUGCGCGCAGAACAAGCCGAACGAGGUCAAGAAAAGGAUAGAGGCGUUUGGCCCGGAAUGGAGAGCGCUGACGGUGGGAUCGAGCGGCAAGACCGCCGGCUGGGAGAAGCUUCAAGUCAUACGAAUAUGGCGAGAUACUACAGGUACAUCAUGA